UAUAAUAAUUGCUAAUGUUCAUGUUUGCAUUCUUAUCAUCAACUUAGAUCAUGAAAACUGCUGGCUGCUAUAGCCACUAUCCCGAGUCAGGGAGCAAUCAAACGGUCAGAGGAAUUUACAGUAGUAACUGAAAACUACCAUGGCACCACAAAUGAGUGAUUUCCCAAUCGUGAAGGUGGCUCCCAGCUCCAACAAGGAGCAUGGCAGGACUGUCCUAAAAAGAUCGCUUCGUCCGUUGCUCACCAUUUCCCAGCUCGCAAGUGCUGCCCCAUUUCACAUCAAGGCUCUCGAUCCGGAUUCGAAUUAUGGAAGAGUGAAAAUAUUUGCCAUUGGUACGAUGCAGUUGCUUUGGGGCGCAAUGUUACUGUUCGCCGGAUUCGUAGCCGUUUCGUACAAGAAGCAGUGGCGUUUGCAGCAGUCCAACAUGCCGUUCUUCACGUACAUCCUGUACAAUGUGGAUUUGUACUUGGGAUUGGCAAACAGUUUGAUGAUUUUCGUUGUUUGUCAGCGGCAACGGGGUGGAUAUGACGAAAUAGUAACCACGAUGGAGAAGCUUUCGGCGGAUCAAUCAAGCGUCGAGAAGGAUUCCACUCGGCUACGUAACAUGUUCAGCAAGCUACUGCUAAUUGCUGUGGUUCAUCUAGUUCUGCUGGGAACGUUUGAAUUUAUUCACACUGGGGAGCUGACGAAAUUAUCAACCACUUUGGCGGCUCAGUUUGUUCCGAACGUCGUUCAAGUGUUCUCCCUGAUGCAGUAUGCGUACGUGUUAAUGUUCAUUUACCUGCAUUACAAGGCCAUCAACGGUGCCCUGGUCGCGAUGGCCGAAGUCUUCAAGUCGGACCUGACGAGCUGCAGCAACUCGUUGAACGCGCUCAAGCAACAGCACCACCAACUGCAUCUGCUGGCGUUCAGAGUUAACGAGCUUUACGGAAUGUUGAUUGUUAUGUCAGCUAUUUCGGUCCUCGUCGGGACGAGCAUCACCUGUCUCGAGGUGUACCAGUUUACCAAAAAUACCGAACUGUUCCGCGAGUGGGGCAUUCAUGCAGUUUUGGGCGUGCUGUGGGGUGGACUGUACAUUGGUCGGAUUGUUUUGAUACUUUAUCCUAACCAUUUGGUGGAGAAUGAGCGAGACUUUACGGGGUUGCUGCUGCAGAAUUUCCCCUCCAUGGAAGAUGAACAGUACAUGAUAGAAUUGACUGUUUUCUCUCGGCUGAUACUCCACCAAAAAGGGUCAUUUCUCGUAUGUGGGCUAACGUAUCUAAACUUGAAUCUAAUGGCAGAGAUGCUUGGAGCUCUCACAACAUAUUUGGUGAUUUUGAUUCAGUUCGAUCAAUCAACACAGUAUUAAACCAAAAAUAUGAGCUUGAUAAAGCAGCUUGAAAUUUCGAGUUUAUGCAAAAUAAAGAGAAUUACAGAAGCAAUCAUUAGGGGAGAGUGGGGAGACUUGAUCCC